CUUCGCCUAAUUAACCCAGAAGAAAUCACUCCCAGAGAGAGCGGAGAAGGGAGAAGAAGAGAAACCGAUCUAGGGUUAGGGUUCAGAAAAGCGAGCUUGAGGGGGAGAGAUGCCGAAGAACAAGGGGAAGGGAGGGAAGAACCGGAAGAGGGGAAAGAACGAGGCGGACGACGAGAAACGGGAGCUCGUAUUCAAGGAAGACGGGCAGGAAUACGCUCAGGUGCUCCGGAUGCUCGGCAACGGGCGGUGCGAGGCCAUGUGCAUCGACGGCACCAAGCGCCUCUGCCACAUCCGCGGCAAGAUGCACAAGAAGGUCUGGAUCGCCGCCGGCGACAUCGUCCUCGUCGGCCUCCGCGACUACCAGGACGACAAGGCCGACGUCAUCCUCAAGUACAUGCCCGACGAGGCCAGGCUCUUGAAGGCCUAUGGCGAGCUCCCCGAGAGCACUCGUCUCAACGAGGGCAUCGGCGGAGGCCUCGACGAGGAGGACGAGGGCGCUGGCGACGACUACAUCGAGUUCGAGGACGAGGACAUCGACAAGAUCUAAGAUAGUCGUGGCAGAUCGAUCGAUCAGGAUUUGGAACAAUACAAUCAGCUUUGUCCAUCAUUAUGAUGAAUUUCCUGUUUACUUUUUUCCUCUUUCCUUAUAUCUAAUUGAGCACAAUCGGAAAUCAUCUUAUACUAUAAUCUAUAUCUAGUUUUAUUAGGAUGGCCGAUGAUGGGCUUCUGAAUUUGCAUGGUCAAAUUGUUUGGAUUUUCUUGAUAUGAUGAUGUUGAUCUGUAAUACUUGGGAUUAUUCCUCACAUCGAUAAUCCGACUUUAGUGUAUGGAAUAAUAGUUGUCAAAUAAAGUUUCCUUUUGUAGUCUUGAUGGUUGUU